CGCUAUUUGUGCCGGGUUGCCGCUACGUGGUUAUUUGGUUUAGUAUGGAUCAUAGGUAUCAUUUACUUGUAUAAGGGUGUUCAAUAAUUUAUUUUGACUUAUAAUGCGGUAGGACUGAAAGUUCUUGGGUGCGCUCCGCUCCCAAUGAGGCAUUCCGAAGACAUGUUGAACUGAAUCCACGCUACAGGCUAUCCAAUCAGAGGAGCGUGCCUUUUCCGCUUUGUUUUGGCACGAAUAGGAGGCAAACCGUGGUGAUACCUGCAGAUGACACAGAGUGAAUUCAACGGCCUCCAGUGUAUGUGAGAUUUGGAGGUUGAUUGAAAAUGAAGACCCUUGCAAUAUAUAUUCAGUAUCUGUUCUUCAUCUUGUGCAUUGGUGCCGAAGAUGGACCUUCAAAAGAGCCAGAUUUGGGCAGUGAAGCUACUCCUAAGCCACAUGAUCAUGCAAAAUUCAGUGGCUUCACUCUGGAUGAUUCAAGCUGGAAAAUUGUUUGGCAUGGGAGCACAGACACAGAACUCCUUAAUGCUCCAAAUAUGGAAUCAAUCCUUAUGCUUACCAAGGACAAUGAGCAGUAUAACUGCCAGCUGGAAAAUUCAAGGAGAUUGACCAAGGAUGAGGAUGUUGCCUAUGAAGGCCCCAACCCAUUGGAGCUGCUGGAGCCACUGUUCAGCAAAAUGGCCUGUUCUUAUAGGUUGGAGUCGUACUGGACAUACGAGGUGUGCCAUGGGGACUUCGUGCGGCAGUACCACGAGACCAAGGAGGGAAAGCAGACCAAGCUGAUCGAGUACUUCCUGGGCCGCUACAGCAAGGACACGCUCAAGUCUCAGAUCGCCGAGCUGGACGCGGCCAUCGCGGCGGGUACGGCCGCUUCCCCGAAGAAGCUGCGGCUGGAGGAGCUGGACCUGCCGUACCUGGAGGUGCCGUACCGGGACGGCACGGUGUGCGACCUGACCGGGCGGCCGCGCGAGACGCUGGUGCGCUACGUGUGCCACGCCGGCGGCCGGCACGAGCUGGUCUCCUUCCAGGAGAGCUCCUCCUGUCAGUACGUGAUCGUGGUGCUGUCGCCGCUGCUCUGCAGCCACCCAGACUACAGGGUGACGGCCGACGUGGAGAACAGCAUCCACUGCAUCGCGCUCUCCAACUCGCCGAAGCGGCCGCGCUCACUGCUGGAGCUGGAGUCGGAGAGCCUGGCGCUGCGCCACCACCUGAUGGCGCCGCCCGACGGCGAGCGCCAGCCGGGAGGCCGGGCCGAGCCGCGCCCCGACGCGCCAGCUCCGGCUCCGGCUCCGGCUCCGGCCGAGGAGCCCGCCGCCGCCGCCGAGUCCAAGGCCUCGCCCGUCUACGACGAGAAGCUGGUCAACGAUUUUCUGGCCGGCAGGCACUGCCUGAACGGGGGCUCCGGCUGGUGGCGGUACGAGUUCUGCUACGGCAAGCGGGUGGACCAGUAUCACGUGAACCGGGACGGCUCGCGCACCACCCUCCACCUGGGCUUCUUCAGCCACGACGUGCACCGCCAGUGGCUACGCGCCAACCCACUGAAGCGGCCCAAGCCGGUGCCGGCGCGCCGCCACGUGUCGCACUUCUACUCGGGCGGCACCAUGUGCGACGAGUCGGGCGCGCCGCGCUCCGUCGAGGUCAAGUUGAAGUGCAAGCUCUCGGACAGCCCGAACGCCGUGUCGCUGUACCUGCUGGAGCCGCGCACGUGCGAGUACAUCCUGGGCGUCGAGUCGCCCAUCAUCUGCGGGCUGAUCGACUCGGCCGACGAGGACGGACUGCUGGACCGGUAGGGGCGCGCCUGCCGGUGGACGCGGUGCGAUGGCGGGUGGGACCGGUGGAGGCCGGUGGACCGGUGGAGGGGUUCGGUUGGCUGCCGGAAGGACGGGUAGAGACCGGUGAAGACCGGGGGACGGGUGGAGGAGGGUUCAGUGAGCUGCCGGGAGGACGGAUAGAGACCGUGGGGCCGCACAGAGUACGGCGGAGCUGACUGGCGGAUGGGUCAUUGGAGAUGUCUCGUGGGGCGGAGCGUGUCCCCUUGUGCCCUGGUAAUGACUCAUGAACCCUGCGGUCCAAGAGCGUGGCCUGGCUACACGGCUGCUGGUUUGGUGGCCCGGGCUGAACGAUGUGGUAGGCGUCCGGUGGAGCGGGCCCAGAACGGCCAGCGGGCCGCCAGCGGACCGACCACUGCCGUGUGCAUAACCGAGCCUUGGGGUGGGGACGGGUGACGGGCCUGGCCGUGGCCAGUAUUGUGUGGCGCAGCGUGCGGUGUAGUGGAGAAUGCCAACGCUUGUGACACCGCUCCCGUUGGUGAGCUGCUGUUAACGA